AUGGCUGGUAAACUUCCACGUUUAGCAAUAAUUCUUGGUAGCUUCGUAACUUUAAUUGCAUAUUUAUAUCAUGUACCAAAUAGUGAAGGUGUUCCGCAGAUGGAUCGUAUUCGUAUAAUUAGUGCUUCAAUGAAAAUAAUUAAUUUUGUUGGACUAGUAUCUGAAACUCUUGGUUUCGCACCUGCAUGGUAUAUUCAACGUAAUAGUGGUUUAGUUUUAAAAAAAUUAAGAAAACCUGAAGUUAAUACUAAUCUUGAAAUUAAAGAUAUAUUGAUUGAAGACGUUCCUGCACGUAUUUAUUCUCCAUCUAAUUUAAAUAACGAUAAGACAAAACUUCUACCAGCUAUUAUUUAUUAUCAUGGUGGCGCAUUUUAUAUGGGUUCAGUUGACACACAUCAUCCACUUACACGUAGAUUAGCUCUUAAAACUGGUUUUAUAGUUAUUUCUGUCGAAUAUCGUCUUGCACCGGAACAUCCGUUUCCAGCUGGAAUUGAUGAUUGUAUGAAAGUAACUAAAUAUCUUCUUGAUUCCAACAAUGCAAAAAAAUACAAUAUUGAUGCAAAACGUAUUGCAAUAUCAGGAGAUUCAGCUGGUGGUAAUUUUGCUGCUAUAAUUGCACAAGAAUUUGUUAGUAAAUCAAUUAGUAAAAAUAUUCCUCGUCUCCAAGUAUUAAUCUAUCCUGUUGUUCAAUUUUUUGAUUUUAUGAUUCCAUCGUAUUUAACACCAGCAUUACAUAUUUUUCAUUUUGGACGACCUGGUCAAGUAUUUCAACUUUAUUUAAAUAAAACCAUUAGUGAUGAUAUUCUAGUUAAUAAUCAUACUAAUCUUCAACAAAAGAAAAAAUAUCGUCAAUAUGUGGAUUGGUCAUUAAUACCAGCGAAAUACCGACAAAUAUAUAAACAACCUAUAACAGAUGCAAUCGAUGGAAAUAAUGAACUUAUUCAAAAUUCUGAACAAUUAUUAGAUCGAAAAUUAUCACCAUUAUUAGUUGAUAAUAAAGAAUUAGCUAAAUUACCAACAACUUAUAUUCUUACUGUUGAUCAUGAUCGAUUAAGAGAUGAAGGUUUUAUAUAUGCUGAACGUUUGAAAGCUAGUGGUGUUAAAAUAGUACAUCAUCAUUUUGAACAUACUUUUCAUGGAUCAUUAACUUUCUUAGAAGGAAUAUUUGAAUUAGAUAUAGCUCAUGUUAUGCUUGAUGAUAUUGUUAAAUAUGUAAAAGAUAAUCUUUAA